AAUAUAACUUUAAUUGAAUUUUGCGCCGGAAUGUGUCAUCAGGCGAGAUGCAACACGUGUGGCAGGGCUACGUGGUGGGGCUGCGGACGGCACAUCUCCAAAGUCAUGAACAGCAUCCCUAGGGAACAAUGGUGUAUUUGUGAGCCGAGGGUUGAAAGAAAUGGGAUGAAGUAUCCGCCGAAAGGAGCUAUGGGUAGUGUACUAUCAGAGUGGAGCUUCUUGAAGAGAUGAAUGUGGAAGAGUGGAAGGACACGAUCUUGUUAAUGGAUGUGGGAUGGGGACCAGGUAGAAGAGGAC